AUGAAACAUCUGAAGCUGCCGCUGUCCUCCAGCGUCACGUUCCUGAUCCUCAGGGACACGUCUCCGCGCUUCAGACCGUCCGAGGACAGGGACGUCCUCUGGACGAAAUCUUCACCUUCAUGUUCGCAGGUGAAGAUCUGGGACAUCCCGGCCAGCGGGGUCAAACAGAAUGUCACCAGGCCCAGGAAGACUCUGAUUGGUCACUCCAGGAGGGUGGCCAUCAUUGAAUGGCAUCCAACCGCCGAGAACCUGCUGCUUAGCUCCGCCUACGACUACAAGGUCCUCCUCUGGGACGUGUCCCGGCCCGAGGCAGUGAUCAGAUGUCCGGCCCGGGUGGUGCUGAUGCCCGUUCACCACCGGUACCCGUCCGAGGCGCUGCUGCUCUCCGUUAGCUUCAACAGCGACGGCAGCAGGCUGGCCGUCACGUCCAAAGACAGGCGUGUUCGAGUCCUGGACCCGCGGGCCGGGAAGAUUCUCCAGGUGUCCAACAAAAAGACACACAAGGCCAACAAAGUCUUAUACAUCACGGGGCUGAAGAUGCUUCUGUCCACUGGGAGCUCGUCCUGGAACCACAGACAGAUCGUCCUCUGGGACCCCGACGACUUGUCUGAGCCUCUGUUUGAAGAGGACCUGGAUGGAUCUGCAGGAGUUCUCUUUCCGUUCUACGACCCAGACACACAAAUGCUCUACCUGGCUGGAAAGGGCGACGGGAACAUCAGAUGCUACGAGCUGAGCCCUGAAAAACCUUACAUGAACUUCCUGAUGGAGUUCAGGUCUCUGCUGCCCCAGAAAGGCCUCGGGGUGAUGCCGAAGCGUGGCCUCAAUGUGAGCGCGUGUGAAGUUUUCCGGUUUUAUCGUCUGAUUACUGUCAAAGACCUGGUGGAACCACUGUCCAUGAUCGUACCACGAAAAGAGUCAGGGAUUUUCCAAGCGGACCUGUACCCAAUGACAGCCGGGAACCAGCCGGCUCUGAUGGCCCAGGAGUGGCUGCAGGGGAUCAACAGGGGCCCGGUUCUGAUGUCCCUGAAGCCAGAGACUCAAGUGGAAAAUCCAUACGCCAAAGUCCCUGCAGAGAAGACCCAGUUAAAGGAGCUGGGCUCCGUCAGGUUCCAGAUGAGUCCGACCGCUCGUUCUCAUUUCGUUGCCUUAAAGGAUUUCCUGGAGGAGCAGCUGGCCUAUCAAGACGCCAAAUAUCCCAGAGACCUGAUCUGUGAUCUGUCAGGGUGGCACCCCGACGAGACGCAGUUCCCACUCUGGACCUACUGCUGCACCCCCCACUGCUGCGAACCCGCAGAGAAACCCCCGCCAACAACCGAGACUGAGCUCCUGAAGGCCUUUUAUAGACAACAAGACGAGAUCAGAGACCUGAGGGAGGACCUGCUUCAGAAAGACAGGAGGCUCGCUCAGCUGGAGUUGGAGAUAAAGACCAGCAGGAGCAACAUGAGGGCGACCGUCUGA